AUGGCUGACAGUGAUGAUGAUAUAGAAAUAAUAAAAGUCGAUAAACCAAAAAAGACUCCUAUGAAAUGGGUGACGUCAACUUUUGACGAUUUUAGUUCAGACUUUAUGUCUUCUCAACCGAAAUCUCAGAAGUCUUUCACAUCCAGUCAAAAUAAAAGCAAGACUCAAUCAUCCAGUCAGAAUGUUAGUAAUACCCAGCCUAGUCUUUCACAACCAGCCAACAGCAGAAAACGUCCAAGAGAAACUAAGAACAGUCUGAAGCAGAUUGCUUCCGGUCGUCAGAGGUCAAAGUUCAAAUCUACUAUGGAAUUAUGGGCAGACAUUCAUCAACCAAAAACAAAGGCAGAUUUGGCUGUACAUAAAAAGAAAAUAGAAGAAGUAGAGAACUGGAUAAUUCAGUCUAUCAGUAAUAAUAAGAUGGGUAAAAUGUUAUUAAUGACUGGUCCAGCUGGAGCGGGUAAAACAGCCACAGUGAAAGUAUUAAGUGAAGAGUUGAACCUGGAGUUACAAGAAUGGUCGAAUCCAGACCAGAAUUCUAAUCAACAAUUUACUCUCAGUUCUCAAGAUUACUGGGAACAGUCUCGUGUAGAUAUUAUAACCUCUGGUUCACAACAAUCACAGUUUGAGAAUUUCUUACUUCGAGCCAAUAAAUACCAAUCACUACAGAUAGAGGAAGGUUCAGGGGGAGGGAAAACUAUCAGCCAUACUGCUGGAAAACUUAUUUUAUUAGAGUUUUCUGUGAUAAUGCCUCACGUGAUUCCUUUGUUUUGUUUUCAGGAAUUCCCAAAUAUUUAUUUACGAGAUAAUGUGUUAUUUCAUCAAUUAUUACGACGAUAUUAUAAAGUAGGUCAUUCACCGUUGAUAUUUAUAGUCAGUGAUUCUAGUCGUGGAGAAUCCAAAGAAAGACAACUCUUCCCUCCUGAUUUACAACAAGAACUUUAUAUUCACAAUAUCAGUUUUAACCCUGUAGCACCAACUAUGAUGGUGAAAGUUUUAAAUAAAAUAGUUUCACAACAGAGUUCACAGGUGUCUGGUAGUCCAAGUCUAUCUAUAAUAGAGUCGAUCUCGAUGUCCAGUGCUGGUGAUAUCAGAUCUGGUAUUAACGCCUUACAGUUUGCCUGUAGAACAGAUACUUUUGAUUUAAAUUCCACGAUAUCCCAAUCCAAACCUAAAAAAUCAGGAAAAACGUCAGCGUCCAGAUUAAAAUAUGAAUCGAGUAAAAAACAAGAUGGUGGAAAAAGAACAGAGGAAGAGUUGGGUGGAAUCGGGGCUCGUGAUACAUCCUGUUUUUUAUUUCAUGCCAUUGGUAAAAUACUCUACAGUAAACGAGAUGAUCCGUCCACGUAUACCGAGUUACCAAGGUUACCACCACAUUUACAACAUGAGGAACGUGAUCCUUUAUUACUUCAACCAGAGGAUGUGGUUGAGAAAAGUCAGAUAUCAGGAGAUUAUUUCGCGUCAUUUUUACACCAUAAUUACGUUGAUUUUUAUACGAAUAUUGACGAUGUAGUCAACGCCAGUGAAUAUUUUAGUUUGAUUGACACUUUUUCUUCUCAAUGGAACACAAAAACAGUAUUAGAAAAUUACGCGACUUCGCUAGCAUCAAGGGGAGUAAUUCAUUGUAAUACAUCGAUAGCGAGGUAUAAUUCCCCACGGACUGGGGUUGGAUGGAAACCAUUACAUAAAUCUCAAUGGUUUAAUGUACAAAAACAAUCGAAGAAGAAUGCCAGUGUUGCCUGUAGUUUAUUUAAAGGUUAUCAUUGGGAACCAGAAGUAUUAUGGACAGAAAUUUUACCCUAUUUAAACAGAAUUAACAUCACUUUAAGAAAUCCAGCCCAAAUUAAUUUUUUACAAGAAAUGGGACGAUUUUGUCGGAGAGAAACUUACAUUAGAAAUGAAAAACUAAACGAACAUGAAGUUGUUGACAUGGAUGAUAGUGAAAUGACAUCACUUCCUGUGUCUAUAAAUACUGACCAAUCAGGAAGCGAUAUGAUAUCUAACAGUCAAUCAGAAGUAAAGAAUACUCCAGUUGAAGAUGAUGAGGAAGAAGUUGAAAUCGAGGAGUUCAAUGAUUCAGACUGA